UUUCGCGUCAUCUCUAGCCGCCUGUCAGUGCAUUAGCAGGGCUAUAUUCGUUGUUGUCAUCGAUGCUUUCAAAAUUAUAGCAAUUUCCGCCGAACUCUGCGAAGAUGACCGACAUCGAUAGCGACGGUCCGGAGGGCUCCUUCGAAACGGCCGACAAAGACGACGAACUGGAAUCCGACUCGUCCCUCCUGUCGAUCUUGGACGAGAAGAACAAACUCAUAGCGAGCCUGCAGCGCCAGCUGCAGAACCAGAAGCUGCAGCUGAUGUACUACAUGAGGAAGGAGAGGAACUACGCGAAGCUGGUGGAGUUGUCCGGCACGUGCUCGCCGGAGAACUUCGAGGACAGCCUGCCGAUUUUGCUGUCGCUGGAGCACUUUCGCAAGGAAAACGGCAUGAAAAGCACGCUCUUCCGUCUCUACGAGUACAUGGAAAAUUUGGACCGGAAGCUCAACAAAUCCAUCGACUGCCAGGAGUGCAUUCUGAGGAAAAUCAUCGAGCAAUUUUGUUUGGUCAUGAAGAAUCGCGCCAAGCUCAACGUAGAUUUCAAAAUAAUCCAACCGACGCAGCAAAAUUUGUACGUCGACUUGUUCAACAGCCUCAUAGAAACGACGGUGCGCCUCAGAAAGCGGCUGGACUCGUUCCGAAUGUGCUGCAAUCGCUUGUUGCUCAUCGAAGACGAAAGGAACAAUCUCAUCGAGCAGGUCGUGGCGCUUCCAGCCAACGAAAAAUUCAACUGCAACUUCCUGAUGACCAUCAAGCAGGACAACAUCGAAUUGGAAAGGAAAAUCCAACUGCUCACGAGGAAGCAGAACUUCAUCAACUCGGACGUGGAGGACGCGGACGAUCUGGAGCAAAAUCUGUCCACGAUACAGAAGAAAUUCAAAACUGCCGUGAACGAAUCGGAGAACAUUACCAGCAUCAGCGAUUUGAUUAAGCAAUUAAACAUCGACGCGAAGGAUUUGUUGCAAGUCGCAGAAAAGCAAUACAAUAAGAACGAUACGCUAGUAAAUUGCGCCACGAAAUUCAUUAGGCUCGUGUUAAACGAAGAAAAAAUUCACGAAAACGCUUACACGCAAGAAGAAUUAGAUGCGAUUCAAGCAAUUAAAAAGGAGGUUGAGGAAUUCAAGCAGAGAAGCAAAGAUAAAUACCAUAAAUUACAAAUGGAAGGCGAUGAUCUUAAAAAAACCUUCAUCGAGCUACUUACCGAAAAAAACAAACUAAAAAUCGCCAACAUUUACCUAAAGUUUCGAGUGGAAAAGCUCCAAAAACACUACGACAACGACAUCUCAACGCUCAAACAGGAGAAGAGCAACUUAGAAACCCAACUGCAGGAUUUGGAGGAAUUAAGAAAAUCCUACACUAAGCUGUUAAUUAUGCCCGACUUGGAGAACUCCUCCAAACAAAACGAAAUAUUAGCGCACACUAUCGGCCAUCUCGAACAGAAGCUCCUGCUGAUGAAGGAGAUAAUCCAAAAGCAGAACAAGGAGAUUUCGAUACAAAGCGAGUUCAUCGAGAACAUAAAAAACCAGAAUAAAACCAGCCAGGCGUCGUCUACGAUCGUUUCGAUCGAUGGCAGCGAUUCGAAGCGGCCAUUCGAAGCCAACGACUUCAAAGACAUCAUAAUGGGCGAGCUGUCGAGGUACAUUGAGAGGAAAAAGGCGCAAGGCGAUGCGGACGGCGACGGCGCCGACCGACAGUGGAUCGUGGCGUUCGGGAACAAAGAGCUGCAGGAGGUGGCGAAGGAAAUCGUGGAGACCGUGGUGAAGAAGCUGGUGAAGCAGAACGAGGGGAGCGCGAAGCCCAGCGACGAGUCGGUGAUAAUGUGCGACUGCUCUAGCGAGAGCACGGGCGCAUUUUGCGAACCGUUGCAAAAAAGUAAAGAAGCCGCGGAAAAUCGAUAUUCCAGGAACAUUGAGGUGUUGGUGCAAAAUAAUCUGUUGUUGAAUUCCUCGUCCGAUGAAUGCAAUUUAGAUACCAAAUGAUGUGUUAAUGUAAUAAUAAUAAUGUGUAUAUCGGCCGAUGGGUUGGGUGUUUUUUUCCGUUUGGGGCGGUUUAGAGGGUGAAUUUACUACCCCGUGUAACGGGAAAUUUAAUUGGGGUAGGUAAUAAGAAAAAUAAUCCUAUUUAUCUUGAAGAGAAUUGCAAAUUAUUGUAACAAUAUGUGGACAUUUAUCCUAAAAUUAUUCAUGCAUAUUAACAAAAAACAACCCUUGAGAACAUUUAAAAAGCGG